AUGCAAUGCCGGCGUGCUACAUCAUCCACCGGAGUGGCUUCUGGUUUUGACAGUCUCAUAUCCACCACUGCUGCUGAACCAAGAGCAGCAGUUAGUCCAGCUUAUGGCUGCGUGCUUUAUAAUGAAACAUACAUCUGCAGUGGUUCUCAGUAUCAGAUGUACUGCAACACAACAAUGCAUCAUUUCUACUACCAGAGAGAACAAAACCAACACCAGUACCGUUGCACGAGUAAUGACUGUCUCUGUGUUGGUAAUAAGGACACCUGUGCAUGCUACUCUAAUACUUCAUCCUGCUUCUGUGAGGACUUUAGCAAUAACACCACCGUCCUUCCAGCAGUCAGGCCAGUUUUGGACUGCAAGCUUAAUAAUGACACGUACAUCUGCAUUGGUGCUCAGUACCACAUGUACUGCGACACAUCAGUGAAUUAUUUUAGCUACUACAAAUAUAAGUACCAAAACCAAUACCAGUACAGCUGCUGGAGUAAUAACUGUAACUGCCGUUUUAAUAAGGACUCCUGUCAGUGCUACGGUUAUACUUCAUCCUCCUGCUUCUGUACAAAUUAUGGCUAUAAUAUCACUAUCCCUUCAUCACUUAGUCCAGUCACAGGCCUUGACUGUUGGCUUUAUAAUGACACGUACAUCUGCACUGGUGCUCAGUACCACAUGUACUGCAAUACAAGACUGCAUUCGGUCUACUACCGGAGGUAUAAGAAACAAAACCAGUAUGAAUGCUGGAGUAAUAAUUGUUAUUGCAUUGUUAAUGAGGACACUUGCACAUGCUACAGUAGCACUUUGUCCUCCUGCUUCUGUGAGACUUACGACAAAAGCAUUGCUUUCACUACAGCAGUUAGUCCAGUCUAUGACUGUGCGCUUUAUAAUGACAUGUACAUCUGCACUGGUGCUCAGUACCACAUGUACUGCAACGCACAAAUGCAUGUUUUCUCCUACCAGAGAUAUCAGUACCAAAACCAAUACCAGUGUGUGAAUAAUAACUGUGACUGCUUUGGUAAUAAGGACACCUGUUCAUGCUCUACUAGCACUUUGUCCUCCUGUUUCUGUAAGACUUAUGGCAAUAGCAUUGCUCUCCCUACAGCAGUUAGUCCAGUCUAUGACUGUCUGAUUAAUAACGACACAUACAUCUGCACUGGUGCUCAGUAUCACAUGCACUGCAACACAAGAAUGCAUUAUUUCUACUACUCAGUAUAUCAGCACCAAAACCAAUAUGAAUAUAAUUAUGAAUGCUGGGGUGAUAACUGUUACUGCCAUGGUAAUAAGGACACUUGUACAUGCUACAGUAGCACUUUGUCCUCCUGUUUCUGUGAGACUUAUGGCAAUAGCACUGCUCUCAGUACAGCAGUUAGUCCAGUCUAUGACUGUGUGCUUUAUGGCACAUCAUACAUCUGCACUGGUUCUCAAUACCAGAUGUACUGCAACACAAGUGUAAAUUAUUUCUACUACUGGAGAUAUAGUAACCAAAACCACUAUAUAUGCUGGGGUGAUAACUGUUACUGCUUUGGUAAUGAGGACACCUGUACAUGCUACGGUAGCACUUUGUCCUCCUGCUUCUGUACCAAUAACAGCAGUAGUAUCCCUAUCCCUGCAGCAGUUAGUCCAGUUUAUGACUGUGGGCUUUAUAAUGACACGUACAUCUGCACUGGUGCUCAGUACCGCAUGUUCUGCAAUACAAGAAUGCAUUAUUUCUACUACUGGACAUAUAGUAACCAAAACCAAUAUGAAUGUUGGGGUAAUGACUGUUACUGCUUUGGUGAUGAGGACACCUGUACAUGCUACAGAAGCACUUUGUCCUCCUGCUUCUGUGAGACUAACAUCUUCACAACUAUUGCAGAUAUGAUUAUUGCACUGCCAGAUCAGUGUGGGAGUCAGACCUCAGAAGGAUGUCUUCAAAAUCUUCUUGAGCAGAUAGAGAACAGUGCAGCUCAAGAGCUUCCUGUGACUAUGGUGAUGAGCAUUUUGACUGUGGUCUUCAACACUUCAGAGAUGAUGUUAGAGUCAUUCUCAUCAGUAAACCCAGCUGAACUAGCCUCCUAUGGAAACCGUCUGUUAAAAGUCAGCGAGAAACUCAUUUCUAUAUUAGUGAAGACGACAGACACAAGUGACAGUGUCAGUUUUACUUUUGCUGCUGUAGAUAUAGAAGUCUUCAUGGUUGGACCACAGGUAACUUUAGAUAAAAUCCCUCGACUCGACACGACAAAUUCUUCUGUGGACAUCGAUCUCAUUGGGAUCGCCAAGAACAACAAUGAAAGAUCAGCUGCUGUGGCUUUCAUGAGCUACAACACGAUGGAGAAUCUACUGAAGCCAGACUUCUUCAACACACCAAAGGACACGAUUAAAACCAUGAUGUCCACUGUGAUCUCAGCUACUCUUCCCAAAACCACCAACACUACACUAACUAAACCAGUCAACUUCACCCUCAAACACAUCAGAAAGCUUGAUCCCAGCAGUUCUCUGUCCUGUGUGUACUGGAAUAUCAGCGAGUGGAUUGUAGAUGGUUGUUCUGUUUUAAAGUCCAACAGCAGCCACACUGUGUGUUCCUGUGAUCAUCUGUCCACAUUCGCUCUCAUGCAAACCAGCCGCCCACCAGAGGUACAAAACAUUUCUAGUGAACAGUGA